AUGCGCGUGCCAUGUGAGUGGAGGGAGCGACCCCAACAGUGGGCUGACAGUGCGCGAGCACUUAUUAAGGAGAAAACCUUAUGAAGAUGAGUUUCUCCAUGUCUAGUAGUAGUAGUACUAGUAGUAAGCCCGAUCCUGGGGUACAAAAGGUAUGUUGAUGAUGACAAGUAGAAUCCUGGAGUACAUCUUCUCCAUCGCUAAUGAAAGGUGUGACUUGUAGUUUUGGGGUUGCUUAUACCCAGAUCGUUGCCAGGAUGUGCAGUAAAGCUGCCAAGCCCAAUGGGAGUUUGUGCGAGUUGAC